CUAGGCAGUCAGCAAACCCUGGGGCCUGGGAGCCCUGUGGAUGUGGGUGGACAAAGACCACUGGGUCUUGACCCCAGGCUCACGCAAGGCAAACGAGGGCUGCAGGGGGCUGCUCCUGCACUGACCCUGAGCACCCUUGGGUCCCCCUCUCUCACCAAGGCGCACAGCCCCAGUUUCAUUAGGACCUGGUGUUUGUCUUUUCUCUAUAAGGGAUAGAGUCCUGGGUCUCUCCCCUGGGCUCUGCAGGGGAACAGGCAGGGUGGGGGCCCUGAGGAUCUGAGGGGAAAGCCCUUUCUCUCCCUCCCCCAGCCCAGGGCUCCCUAGCCCACAGCCUAGGGCUUUUCCCAGACAGAGAUUCUUGCUCUAGUUGGGAACUUCCCCUCUGCCUGACAGCCUCAGGCUGACUUGGGGGGGUGGGGAAGAGGCCUACCCCCUGGGGGGCAAGGGCACACCCCAGGACAGCUGGGCCCAGCCUCUCUGUCCCCAAGCCAGUGGGGGUACUGAGCUGCGCUGUUGUGUUUCCGGGAUUUUGGCCCGAGGCUACUGGGGAAGACUGUUAUUGCAAAAUGCAGUCCCUGGGGGACCGGGCUGAGGGCGGGCUGAGGGCAUCUUGCUCAAUUCCGAGAUGCUUAGGAUGCGGUCGUGCGGUCGCUGUGUUCCGGGUGGGGUAUACAGAUGGGGGGCGCUGGCUUGCAGCCCGGGUCCAGCCCUCCCCGGAUCCCUGUCUGGGGCUACAAGCCAGCAAACCCGUGUGAACUGGGAAACGGUUCCCUCCCUCCUUCUCUCGCUCAGCCAGUCUUGUACGGCUCUCACGGCUCUUGUGGUCCGUGGAUCGCUGCGGGCCUGGCUGCGAUUGGCCAUCCGGGACUUUCCGGGCGAUUUGCAUGUUGCCCGGCGAGUCUGCAUGCCUUUCUGUUUACUUCACCUCAGCGCGAGGGACAGCCGGACGCCUGCACUCCCAGACUGCAGCGCCAGGCUCUUGGGGCUGGCUGGCUGGCCACGGUCUUGGUCCUGGGGGGAAGUGCCUGCUGGGGUCCCGGGUGCUGCUCGCUGGAGCCAGCAGCUGGCCUCUGGGCCCUGGGAGCUCGCAGUGGAGGAAGCAGAUGGACUGUGAAAUCCAGACCAGAAUGGAAACGACCUUUGGGCCUGCCUUUUCGGCUGUCACCACCAUCACGAAAGCCCCCCAUCAGCACUCCACUCCGCUCCGACUCUGCCAUCUCCGUCCGCUCCCUGCACUCCGAGUCCAGCAUGUCCCUGCGCUCCACAUUCUCACUGCCCGAGGAGGAAGAGGAGCCGGAGCCACUGGUGUUUGCCGAGCAGCCCUCGGUGAAGCUCUGCUGCCAGCUCUGCUGCAGUGUGUUCAAGGACCCUGUGAUCACCACGUGCGGGCACACGUUCUGUCGAAGAUGCGCCUUGAAGUCAGAGAAGUGUCCUGUGGACAACGCCAAGCUGACCGUGGUGGUGAACAACAUCGCGGUGGCUGAGCAGAUCGGGGAGCUCUUCAUCCACUGCAGGCACGGCUGUCGGGUGGCAGGGGGCGGGAAGCCCACCGUCUUCGAGGUGGACCCCCGAGGUUGCCCCUUCACCAUCAAGCUCAGUGCCCGGAAGGAGCAUGAGGGCAGCUGUGACUACAGGCCUGUGCGGUGCCCCAACAACCCCAGCUGCCCACCCCUCCUCAAGAUGAACCUGGAAGCCCACCUCAAGGAGUGCGAGCACAUCAAGUGUCCCCACUCCAAGUACGGGUGCACGUUCAUUGGCAACCAGGACACGUAUGAGACACACCUGGAGACCUGCCGCUUCGAGGGCCUGAAGGAGUUUCUGCAGCAGACGGACGACCGCUUCCACGAGAUGCAUGUGGCCUUGGCCCAGAAGGACCAGGAGAUCGCCUUCUUACGCUCCAUGCUGGGCAAGCUCUCUGAGAAGAUUGACCAGCUGGAGAAGAGUCUGGAGCUUAAGUUUGACGUCCUGGAUGAAAACCAGAGCAAGCUCAGUGAGGACCUCAUGGAGUUCCGGAGGGACGCGUCCAUGUUGAACGACGAACUGUCCCACAUCAAUGCACGGCUGAACACGGGCAUCCUAGGAUCCUAUGACCCGCAGCAGAUCUUCAAGUGCAAAGGAACUUUCGUGGGCCACCAGGGCCCCGUCUGGUGUCUCUGCGUCUACUCCAUGGGGGACCUCCUCUUCAGCGGCUCCUCUGACAAGACCAUCAAAGUGUGGGACACGUGUACCACCUACAAGUGCCAGAAGACACUGGAGGGCCAUGACGGCAUUGUGCUGGCGCUCUGCAUCCAGGGGUGCAAGUUGUACAGCGGCUCAGCAGACUGCACCAUCAUUGUGUGGGACAUCCAGAACCUGCAGAAGGUGAACACGAUCCGGGCCCACGACAACCCGGUGUGCACGCUGGUCUCCUCACACAACAUGCUCUUCAGUGGCUCCCUGAAGGCCAUCAAGGUCUGGGACAUCGUGGGCACUGAGCUGAAGCUGAAGAAGGAGCUCACGGGCCUCAACCACUGGGUGCGGGCCCUGGUGGCCGCCCAGAGCUACCUGUACAGCGGCUCCUACCAGACAAUCAAGAUUUGGGACAUCCGGACCCUCGACUGUAUCCACGUCCUGCAGACGUCUGGUGGCAGCGUCUACUCUAUCGCCGUGACGAAUCACCACAUUGUCUGUGGCACCUACGAGAACCUCAUCCACGUGUGGGACAUUGAGUCCAAGGAGCAGGUGCGGACCCUGACAGGCCACGUAGGCACCGUGUAUGCCCUGGCCGUCAUCUCGACACCAGACCAGACCAAAGUCUUCAGUGCAUCCUAUGACCGAUCCCUCAGGGUCUGGAGUAUGGACAACAUGAUCUGCACGCAGACCCUUCUGCGUCACCAGGGCAGUGUGACUGCGCUGGCUGUGUCCCGGGGCCGGCUCUUCUCAGGGGCUGUGGACAGCACUGUGAAGGUUUGGACUUGCUGACACGUGCAUGCGGGUCUUGGCUUCCGCUGGGCCCGCCCUAGGCCUGUCCACGCCAGGCUGGCCACACGGGUGGCCUCGGGCUCUCUGCCUGCCCUGCGCCUAGUCAGCCUCCCUCUGGCCCCAUCACUGUCCCUACCAGGAUAGCGCCCAGCCCCUCUCUGGGUGCCAGGUACGAAGCUCGCCCGGCCCACCUCAAUUCACACUCCAGACGGACUGCAGGCCUUUUUACUCACCUUUUCUACUGUUUUUAGACUGUAUAUAGAUUUGAUUACUUCCUGAUUGAAAUAAAAGCUGCACAGACUGUGAA